AUGGGGAGCGAGCUCUACAUUAUCGCGGGCUAUAACACACUCCUACUCGGUCUUCUCUUUGCCUGGAUUGGUGGAUACCUCGAUCCUCUGCAACAUCAGCUCCAGGAUGUCAUCCUGGGAAAGAUGGGAGACAAUCGAGCUAGUUUUGGUGCAAAGAGCGGGGAGGAAAUGCUGGCUGACCUGUUGGCUCUUUCUACAGGUCUGAUGAGCCAGCGUGUCGUUGAAGACAAGAACAUUACGGAUGUGCAGGAUGGUGCUGCUAAGGAGGUUGGGGGCGCUGUUGGAAAGGGCGGAAUCGGGCAGGGGAUUGGAGAUACUUUGAGCAAGGGCUUAUAA